UCUGUAUGCACUGAAUCAUGGCGUCUGGAGGAGUUUCUCUCAUUAAUAUGUCGUUUUGGGAGUGCGGUAAAAAGAAGAUGCGAUUCUUAUAUCUUACGAGUAAUAACGCGUUUCAUGUUACUAAACCAAGCACAAACGAGGAUCAGAUGAUCCCUCUCUUUCUUGGAGCUGAUCUGUUCUCAGACACCGACGUUCGCAGUGAAAACCAACCCAGAUACCAUGCUAAAUUCUCUAAACGAGGAUUGGCGACCAAACUGGUUUUCCCACCAGACUACAGAUUCCAAGGCCUGCGACUCCCUUAUUCCAACAACAGUCUGUGGUUCUACAGCGUUCAUGGAGUUUUUCGAGUGGCUUUUGAACUGUAUAGCAAACAAGAUCAGCUCUCAGUCAUGGAGUCGUUUCAGGAUCUAUGGAAAUCUCGAAUAAAUGACGACAACUUGAACGUGACCUAUCAUCUUGAUGCCCAGUACGUUCAACCCCAAAAUGAUCAAGAGGCUCGAACAAUUUCGGAAAAUAAUAAUAAUACAUGUUCAUCAUACCAAGUCCAUCGACGGUCUGGCGAAGUGGAAACCAACUUCUUUCCAAUAGUCGCAGAUCAGUCAGAUAUUUCAUCGUCCGACCAUGACUACUGUUCCUCGGAGCAGACCAGCUUAAGUCAGUGUCCUUUACUUUUACAGAAACUUCAAAGCCUAGGGGAACAAGUGAAGUUAUUUACAGGUGUUGAAACAGAACUUUUAAAGACUGCCGCAAAGGUCGUGGACUGUGUCGAAUGUUGUAUCACUGGGAGGAUUGAGGAGGAAAAACUGCUGGACGCCGUGAUGGCCCUGUUUCACUUUCAGAGCUACUCCAUCUACUCGAGCAGUCUCCUGAAGGCUGUGGCAGGCUGGCUCGGCCAGCAGUUCAACGCGGCCAACGGCACCAUUAGCCACCGGGUUGAAGGUUUUAAGGCCCAACACAUUGAGCACAUUACAAACUUGCCGCCUCCAGAGGAGCUGGCAGCUGAACUUUUCCCGGAGGCCAUGCGAAAUCUUCUCGCACACUGGAUGGGUCUGAGCGACGAGGCAGAAACCUGGAAAAGACACAGCGAAUACCCGAUUUUGUUACUUAUUCUAGAAUUUGCUAAUCACAAUCUCAUCACAGGAGUAGCUCAUGUCUUGUAUUCCAGUCUAAUAUGCAAAUGAGCAUACUUGCGUAUCGUUGGAUCGCAGUUUUGUGAUUCUAUGAUUCUUUCUUUAAAAGUCAAAUAUUUAUGUCCUUUUUACAGCUAGCUGUCCUAAAUGGAACAGUGAUGAACAUGAAAACAUUUCGCUUGCACUGUUUACAUGAGCUUUCCCGUAUUGUAAAGAAUGUUUAAAAUCAACUCUGAAGUAAAUCUAAUACAAACAUAUUCAGACUGAAAGUUUGAAUCCAAACACAA